CGGAGGCGGGCGGGGGGGGGUGUAGUCAGGUGAUGCCGGCGGGCCGCCCAAGAUGGCGUCGCGUCCGCGGAGCCUGAGGAGGAAGGUUUACUGGUAACCACGGCGUAGGGGAAGUGGGGGGCUGCCCCCAUAGGCCUCCGGUGCACGCGUGCCUCGGGAAGGGCUAUGAUCGUUCUGGGCUGCGUCUCAGGCGCUCGUUAAAGGCGUAGCCUGCCUGGCCAUGGCUCUGAGGGAGCUGAAAGUUUGCCUUCUGGGGGACACUGGUGUGGGCAAAUCAAGUAUUGUGUGGAGAUUUGUAGAAGAUAGCUUUGAUCCCAACAUCAACCCAACAAUAGGAGCCUCAUUUAUGACCAAGACUGUACAGUAUCAAAAUGAGCUGCAUAAAUUCCUAAUUUGGGAUACAGCUGGACAGGAGCGGUUUCGUGCUUUAGCCCCAAUGUAUUACAGAGGGUCAGCAGCAGCCAUUAUAGUGUAUGACAUCACAAAAGAGGAAACUUUCUCAACAUUAAAGAACUGGGUUAAAGAGCUUCGACAGCACGGACCUCCAAACAUUGUUGUAGCUAUUGCAGGAAAUAAGUGUGAUCUUAAUGAUGUAAGAGAAGUCAUGGAAAAAGAUGCUAAAGACUAUGCAGAUUCCAUUCAUGCAAUAUUUGUAGAGACAAGUGCGAAAAAUGCAAUAAACAUUAAUGAACUCUUUAUAGAAAUUAGUCGCAGAAUUCCAUCAACUGACACCAACCCCCCGUCUAGUGGUAAGGGCUUCAAACUUAGAAGACAGCCAUCGGUGACAAAGCGCAGCUGCUGUUGACUGAUCCCUUAGAAAAUCAGACUUGUUUAUACAGUAGGUGGUCUUGGAAGUUAAUAGUUCAUGUUGGGUUUAUAUUAUCAGUCUUAGAUCUUUAUCUGCUGGUGUUCAUAUACCUGAGGUCCCGCAAAAAUGGACCAGUUCAUCUGACAUCUGUACAUUCGCAGAAAAGACUGCAAUCGUAAUGUCAGCCUGUUUAUUUACAAGAAGUGUAGUAUCUCUUGCAUUCAAAGGGAAUCCAUCAUCACUUUUUUGGCCUUGCUUGAAAGGAAGGUGGCUAUGUGGAUGGUAGAACUAAAAUGUUUAAUAGUUUUGUAAUCAGGAUUUUAGGGUUUUUUUUGUAAAAAGGGAAAUGAGCACUUUUGUGGGACUUAGGGGUGGGAAGAGUCUGGAAGUUAGAAGUCACUUCUUUUUCUUCAGUGAGCCUUAUUUAAAAUUUAUUUGUAGCUAAUCCAAAGUAUGAUGGGACAGUUGAUGCGAGGUGGCUACAGAAUAAGCAACUGAAGACAAAUAAUAGGCAAAUCAGUCCAUCCAGUCCCCAAAUCCCAUUUGCACUUUUUAUUUAAAGAUGAUAUGCGCCGGGGGUGGGGACACAAGCAACAGAUUUUAAACCACAGACAAUCUUUUUUUCAUGCUGACUUUAAUCACUUUAAGACAAACUGAUACGCUUAUAGGCAUCUUUUUGUUCCUGCAAGUUUUUUAAUAUUAAGAUGUUGAAGAAAACCUAGUUGUAGUUCUGACUAAAUUAAGUGGUUACUGACUAAAAACAGAUGCUGUACACAGAUGCUGCCAGUGGUUCUGGUAAGACCUAAAAGUUUUGGGGAAAGCUUUUAGUUGCUUGGCAUGUGUAAAGUGUUCAUAUUAUAUUUAUGAGACCAGUGUUUAAAGUAUUAUAAAUUAUGUAAAAACAGGAAAAAAUAAUGCAAUCUUAUACACUCCUUCCAUUCCACGCCUAUGGAUAAACUCCUGGGGAAUGUCCAUCAGGUUUUUUUCCUGCAUUUUAGGUAUUGUCACUGUGAGUUCAUCCAGAGGCAGACUGAAAUUCUUUCUCUUUCAAUCACAUUUGAAAGGGCCAAUAGAAAAUGCUGUUGGUGCAGCAUGAGGUCUGUCUGUUGAACAAGGUUUCAUCUGUGAUGCACCCAGUCUUUCCUGUUUUGGGCACAAAAAUACAAAUAGGAAAUAACCUUCAGACGUGGUAACGUAGAUCGUUACCUCUUGGUUCAUGGGCUUUUUCAUCUGUGAGGGUUUUUAGCAAAUCAGUGUUUAGCUUAUUCUGUAUUGGCUUUAGUACACCUUCAAUUAAACUAUAGGUUGACCAUACCCAUUUGUGCUAUUUUAUUUAUUUUUACUUUUUGUUUCCUACCAGCACUAGUGAGAAACUUUAUACUUUUGAAGAAAAAGAGCUUAAUAGACUUGAGUGUAUACUAAAACACGCUGUUUAGCUUUACUGCCAAAAUGAGGUCAUGUUGAUGAUGCUUAUUCUUUGUUUGUAAUCUGGUUUUCUAUCAUCUCAAGUAUUUUCUCUGAAGGAAAUGUAGAAAAGUUUGUAAGAAACGAAAGGACUUGUACUUCAUAUCAGUUUGUAUUAGCGAAAAUUCUUGUAGAGCUAUUCUGGAGCAAAACAGGUGAACUAUUACAGUGAGAUUUUGAAUGUGUCAGUAUGCUUUAAUGAAAUUUGGUGACUACAUUUUAUCAUGCCUUUUACUUAUCAUGCAUUGUCAAUUAUGCCUUCUUUGCCACAGUUGUGCAGGCUACGUGCUUAUAGAGAGCCCAAGAAGUGUAUCUUCCUCAAAUGAAGGCUGUCUGAAGCCCGUUUGAAACAUUGGUCCUAAAGCAUCUCAUAGUAGAGACAGAUUUGUGUUUAGUGUUCAGCCUGGUGUAUGAUUUUUUUUUUCUUUCCCUGUCACUCAAAGCAAGUAAAUUAUGAACAGAAGACUUUAGUACUCCUACAAAAUGCUUGAUGGAAAUAUAAUUAGUACAGAAAGAACAGAGUAAGCUUGCUCUUGGGCAUAUUUUUAAUUAUAAAAAAGCAGGUUAGCAAUUAAAUAUAGAACUUUCACAGUGGCAGUCAUUGAACUCCCUAAUUUCUUUGAAAUAUCUCAAUUCUUACUCCUGGCCAAUUUUUAAAAAAUAAAUCAUGUGGUUAUUUAAUUCAACUAGGUUUUUAAAACAUCUUGUGUUCACAGUGCUUCAGAAGU